CUGCUUGUCAGGAAGCAAGCUGAUUGGCCGAGGCCUAGCAAAGAGUGCCCGGGGAUCCAAAACUGCAGGCCGCACUUAGCUUACCGUCAAAAAUAAACCAAAUACAUUAAUAGACAAAACGGAGGAGGGGGAGAAACACCAAAAGAGUCCGAAGACGACGUUAUCAGAGGGAUCAAUUGCAUUGGUGGGAAGUAACACAUCUAAUAUGCUGUUUUUAUUUUAUAGUUCUGCGCAUCAAAUGUGAAGUUUUCAGGCGGUUUUGUUUUUGCCGGUGUUAAACAUGGACCAAGGAGGCGGUGUGUUGGAGUUACACACACAGGAGCUGAAGAUGCCCCACGCUAUGAUCAUGCAAGACUUUGUUGCAGGGAUGGGUGGCUUGGCACACAUUGACGGCGAUCACAUCGUGGUGUCUGUGCCAGAGGGCAUGCUUCUUUCUGAUGUGAUGACGGACGAGGGCAUCCUCCUGGAGCACGGCCUGGAGGUGGAGGGUCUGGAGACUCAGGUCGUCGAAGGCCUGGAAACUGAAGUUGUCGAAGGUUUACACGCAGAUGUCGAGGGUCUGGAGGCAGAGGUGGUUGAUGGGCUACAGACAGAAGUGGUAGAGCUGGAGGCUCAGGUUGUGGAAGGCCUAGAAGGAGAAGUCGAGGUGGAGGGUCUUGAGGCACAUGUAGUCGAAGGACUGGAAACCGAAGUCGAUGUGGAGGACCUGGAAGCUCAUGUUGUUGAGGGCCUUGAGGAGGAAGUGGAAGUGGAGGGCUUGGAAGCGGAGGUUGUGGAGGGUCUGGAGGUGGACGUCGAAAGCCUGCGCUCUCAGGACGUAGACGGCCAUCAAAUCGGCAAUGAGGACAUGGUUCACUCAGAACAUAGUGUGAUCAUGCCGGAAAACAUCCUAGGAACCGAGGUUGCGAUAGAAGCGGCUUUAGAACACCACCACGUGCUAACCUCAGACCUUAUCCAGGAUGCCAACCACCACGAUGACAUGUCAGACCAGGUGUUUGUUGCAGAGCUUCUCUCGGACCACCAAGAUAACACUCUAGACCAUCAACUUGUCGCAGAGGGCUUGAUGGUGACAGAAGCCAAUGCGGAGACCAUCAUUCAUCAGCAACUUCCAUCUGAGGGGGUUCCCCUGCAGAUGGAUGAAGACGAUGACGGCAGAAGCAGCUCCGAAGAUUACCUCAUGAUCUCCCUGGAUGAGGUGGGAGAGAAGCUGGACAUAGGAGACACCCCUCUUGAGAUUAGCACUGAGGUGAUGGAAGACAAGGACUGCAAGGAAGACUCUACCGCAGAAGUCAUCAAAGUCUACAUUUUCAAGGCUGAGGCAGAUGAUGAUUUGGGUGGAACAGAAGUGAUAACUGAGGAUGAUUAUCAAAAUGGCCACCCCGAUCUUGAAGCCGCUUCAUCUGGAAGACUCGGAGUUGGCCGUGACAAGAUGGUCUACAUGGCAGUCAAGAAGCAGCCCAAAAUUGAAGAGGACGACGACGACGAGGACAGUGAUGAUGAUGAUGAUGAUGACAUCAGUAAGACUAUAGAUCAAGUCAAGAAUGGCACAGCGACACCAUUUCUUCAAAUUCGAGAGGGUUUACCCCCAAACCGUGUCCUCAAACCCAAAGCCAAGAAAAAGAAGAAAGGGGACAUUAGGCAGUGUCAAACUGCUGUCAUCAUUGGGCCCGAUGGCAUGCCCCUGACAGUCUACCCAUGCCACAUAUGCGGAAAGAAGUUCCGCUCACGAGGCUUCCUCAAAUGCCACAUGAAAAACCACCCGGACCACCUUUUAAAGAAGAAGUACCAAUGUACAGACUGUGACUUCACCACCAACAAGAAGAUCAGUUUCCACAACCAUUUGGAGAGUCACAAGCUGCUGAGCCACAACAGCGAGCGCUCCCCGGAAUACACGGAGUACGCCCGGCGCUAUCAUGAGUCCAGCCCGCUGGGCUCCGACAAGCUCAUCGUCAAGGACCGCGAGACCAAGCUGCAUCACUGCAAGUAUUGCGACUACGAAACGGCAGAGCAGGGCCUUCUCAAUCGCCACCUGCUGGCCGUGCACAGCAAGAACUUUGCGCACGUGUGCGUUGAGUGCGCCAAAGGGUUUCGCCACCCGUCCGAGCUAAAGAAACACAUGCGGACCCACACGGGUGAGAAGCCCUAUCACUGUCCGCACUGCGAAUUUCGCUGUGCGGAUCAGUCCAACCUUAAGACUCACAUCAAAAGCAAGCAUGGCGCAGACCUGCCCUUCAAGUGCAGCCACUGCCCGCAGGCGUACGCAGACGCACGGGAACUCCAGCGUCACAUAGAGAUGGUGCAAGGUCACAAGACGCACCAGUGUCCACACUGCGAACACAAGAGCACCAACUCCAGUGACCUGAAACGACACAUCAUCUCCGUGCACACCAAAGACUUUCCCCACCAGUGCGACGUGUGUGAGAAAGGCUUUCACAGGCCCUCCGAGUUGAAGAAGCACGCUGAGACGCACAAAGGGAGCAAGGUGCACCAGUGCCGGCACUGUAACUUCAACGCCCCUGACACGUUCACCCUGAGUCGCCAUAUUCUUUCCCUGCACACAAAGGAACUCCCGUUUAAGUGCAAGCGAUGUCGGCGAGGCUUUCGGCAGCCGGCGGAGCUGAAGAAGCACAUGAAGACGCACAGCGGCAGGAAAGUCUAUCAGUGCCAGUAUUGUGAGUACAACAGUACGGACGCUUCGGGUUUCAAGCGGCAUGUCAUCUCCAUUCACACCAAGGACUACCCCCACCGCUGCGACUACUGCACCAAGGGCUUCAGGAGGCCUUCGGAGAAGAGCCAACACAUAGCCAGACACCACAAAGACAUGUUAAUGUAACAUCAUCACACUUAAGCCCCCCCCACACACACACACCCACACACACACACCUACCCCUGUACAUCGGUGUCACGCACGCUGAGGUAAUUUUAGUGUAUUCAAAAUUAAAUGCUAUAGGCUGUUGAAGGCAACAACAUAAUUGCCAUUCUGUGUUGUCAUGGGUAUAAAACGCCACCUAAUGCCAGAACAUGUUUUAGAUGGGAGUAAAAUCUUAAAAAAGACAUAAAAAAUGUGACAGUGCGCACUAAGUGGGACAAGUGUAAAUUGUGUUUGUUUGUUUUUCUGGAAAAAAAUCACGCAAGGACAUAUAUUCAGGGUUUCAAAUGUCUAUUUUUAUACCCACUCAAGAAUAACUCUUGUCAAAUCAAAAACGCCGGUUUAAGAGCAUCAGUUCGGUUUUCCUCCAUACUACCACUUAGUAUCUUUAUGAAUCACCUUUUAGCUCGACAUUUGUUUUCACUGCCGCGUGUUGCACCAUUCUCAAGAUCCGAGAAAGCAUUUUAGUAAUGUUGACUGACAUACAUGACGCACCUUAGCCCACGGUUUUAUUCCCACCUUUUUGCAUUUCCCCCAAAUCGUGUGUGAUAUGACCACAAUCUGUUCAAAAUGUAUUAAAAGAUAAAUCAGGGUUUCAGGACUGAUCAGCUCAGUCAAGUCUAACAGAACAUGAUUAAGGUGGUGCUACAUUAUUAGUUUUGGUUUUGAAUUGGAUGAAUGGUUAGCUUCGUGAUUGCUAACCACUUGGUGGUUACCUGCGACUAAGAUAUUGAUCAUGUUACCUAUGACACAGGUAUGCCCAGCCAACAAUACAGUUGCAAUCAUGCCUUACAUCUGAUGUUUUUUUCUCUUAAGCACUGAUGGACUCAGCCAAUCUGAAAAUUAGUGUUGUUGUUGUUGUUUUGUAACUCAAACAUACUGUAUCAAUACCAUUCUCUCAGAGAUUGUGGUUGAGUCAGUAGAAGGCACUUUAUUUUUUUUGUAUUUUAAUUACAUGUAUGGGGUUUGUGUAUGUAUAAGGAUAUAUAUACACAGACUUGUGAGUGGCUAAAUGUUAUCUAUAGCAAGUGGGCACAAUACAAUUGUGGAAAGUGGUGGGUGAAACAAUUUAAUGUUCUGUUCCAUGGCAAAGUGUUUGGGUUUUGUGUUUGUGCUCACUAACAAGUUUCCCAGACCCUCAUCCCACUGUCCUUCCUAUAUGUAAACCUAGCCCAAUCCCACAUUGAGGAUUAUACUCUUGUCAGUGGUCAUAAUGGCAUUAGUCUAUCAAGUAUGCACAUAUGCCGUCUCCAUAAAAUUGUGGUAGCCUAUACGUAUACUAAAAUCCCUGCAUUUCAUGUAACUUAGUAUACUAUAUUUCCUUUCAGUCCGAUUGUGGAUAAACUACUGGUGGGGAAGAAACCAAAAUAAAAAUAAAAUAUAUCUUUUUA